AUGGGUGGCGGCACGGAGGUGCACAAAAACCGGUGGAUCGAAGAGUGGAACGCCGGCCGCGAGAACCUCGAGUUCAACUUCCGCUGGACCCGCCGCAGCCUCGCCGUCGUCGGCCUCUUCGGCCUCGCUGUCCCCAUCCUCGUCUACAAGGGCAUCGUCCGCGAAUUCCAUAUGCAAGACGAGGUUGCCGGGCGGCCGUACAGGAAGUUCCUCUGA